AUGAGUUAAGAAAGCUUUAUAAACUAUAAAUCUGUAGAAGAAACAGAGUGUACAGUAAAUUAAGAAUUAAAGUUAAUUAAAUAAAAUGCUUAGAGUGUUAUUGAAUAACUCAACAUGUAUUUUGAGUCUUCACAACAAAACUUAAGGGAAAUGGAAGAAGUUUAUUUUGCUUCUAUUUAAGAAUUAGAGAGUGGAUUCAUAUACUUGAUGAAUUAGUUUAGACAAAGUUAUAAUGAGUAGAAGGAAUGUUAUUAAAAAGAGUAUGAAGAGAAAAAAUUCAAUUUAGCAAAUGAGAUGAACAAAACAUAAAGGUAUAUCUAAGACUUGGCUCUACUCGAAGCUAUUGAUGGUUCUAUGUCUUUUAUGCAAGUUCAAAAGUGUUUGAAGAAUUUGAAUAAAAUUUCAGAUGAAAUUAAAGUCUUUUACAAUCAAACUCAUGUUUAAUCAUUUUAGCUAGAGACAAUAAAUGUUGAUGCAUUACUGAUGAAGAUUCUUUAGAAUUUGCUUUUCGACAGCAUUUACUAAAGACCAAAAACUAAGCUGUUCGCACAGAAAAUAUCUAAGUAGAGAUCUUUUUCUUCUUCUUCUUAGGCUCUUUAAACCUCAUCGAUGUAUUACACUGGAAGUUCUUGCGAAAAUAAAGAAGAUGAAAUCGUUGAGAAAAUUAACACUGAUUCCUAUCAUUCAAGAAUAAAAUCAUCUUCUUCAGGCUAGUUAGAAGCUAAAAAAGAAUUUAAAUAGGAAAUGCAUCAAACAAGCCCAUAUAGUGAAAAAUAGCCAAAGAUUGAAAGUUUUCAAGUAGAAUAGGUUUAGGUUGAGAAAGAAAAAAAUUAAAAAUAGCUGUAAGAGAAUUCAAGUCAAUAAAAAUAAGAGAAAACAAUGAAAUAAUAAUAUGAAAGUAUACCCUAUUUAAAAAAAUAUAAAACUCCUAAUGAACUCAGUUCAAUUAAAAAGCUUUCAGCUAAUUAUGAAAAAGAAAAAGAUGAGUAAAAAAGCUAUUUGAAAGGAUUAAAAUAAAAGAUACCAAAGCAAUCUGUUAAGAAAAAUGUAUUUUAGCAUUAAACUUUAAGUACUCAAUAAAAUUAAAAAAAUACAGAAUAAAUCAAUAGGACACCUGAAAAAAAAAAGAAAAUCGAUAUGCUUAUCCAGUAAAUAAAUCCUCAAUAAUCUACUAAGAAUAAGUUGUAAGCAAGUCCACCUAAUCCUAAAAAAAACUAAUAAUUAAACAAAGGCUCAUUUUAUACUCAUUCUUCUCCAAUAAUUAAUAGGUUAAGAAACAAAAUAUAAUCCUCUCAUCAAUUUUCAAAAUUAAAAAAAAGUACUAAUAAUUAAAGUAUAAAUGAAAUAUAAAAACUUAAAACUAUAGAAAGCCCUUAGUUUUAAGAUUAAUCGCUGCUUAGAAAUGAAGAAGUUUUAUCUUUAAAAUUAAAUAGCUCUGAUGAUCUCAAUGUUGAAACAACUGAAAAUACUUCUUAAACUAAGGUGCAAACACUAAAAACAAGUGAACAUGAUUAAAUUGCAGAGUAAAACAAUGUUCUAAAUAGGAGUAUUGGAUUAGGAUAAUGUAACUCAUCAGAUGCUCUUAAGCUAAAUUCAAUGAGUUCAAAGAGAAUUAAAAUGGGCAUAACUAACCCUGAAAUGCUUUAAUUAAGUAAAGAUUAUUCUGCUGAUAAUAUAAAUUAGAGCAGUAAGGAGAAUUAUACAAACAGAAAAAGAAUUACUUCUUGUGGAGGUUUCAUAGAAAAACAAAGCACCUUCAAUAAUUUAAACAAAACUUAAAUAGUUAAUCAUAUAAGCUCUUCUCUUAAUAAUAGUCCAGCAACCAAUCCAUUAAAUAAACUUAGCAAUAGAAAUUUGUUUAAUAGAGAUAGAAGUCUCUCAGGUUUCAGAUAGAACACUAAUAAGGAAAAAUUUUUAGAUAAAUCAUUAUAAAACGAUGAGAUUAUUUAAGAAUUUUAGCUUGAUUAAUCAAAAUCCUCAAACUAGUAACAAUAAUAAAAAUGUCUAUUUUAUUCUUCUCCUAUUUCUGCAUGUUUGAGCAGUGCUGUACAGUAAAACUAUGCUUUAGACAAUAAUUUAAAUUAAGACAAUUACGAUUAAUGUGAAUUUUAAGAAUCUCCUUAAAUUUUUCUGAAUUAUAACAUCAGUGGUUUAAGCCAAAUAAAUAAUAUUUAAACAGUAGAGAGCAUAUCAAUCGAAGGUAGGAACAUACAGCAGUCUUAAUGUGAGGCAAGCUUAUUCAGAAAUAAAAUAUAAAACUCCGUAAAGAAAGCAGUAAUUCCAAGAUAGCAAAUAGCUAUCGAUUAAGAAUAAAUUAAUCAUUCAUCUCCUUCUGAUCUCAAUUUGAUUACAACAGAAUGCUUUUAAUAAAAAAAUAUUCAUGAAAUUUAGAAUCUUUUUACAAAUCCUUCACCAAUAUCUCAUUCAGCAUCAAAUGAGAUGUAGUUGUUUACAAGCUAAAAUUUUGAGAAUGGAAGUAUCAUUACAAGCUAAUAUUAUCUAAAUUAAUAAUAAUCAGCUUGUUUGUUAAAUAGUAAGCAAAAAAUAGAAAAAAUAGAAAGCGGUUCUAAGCUAAAUAAAAGCCAAUCGAAUCAAAAUUAAAACAGCUACAGAGCAAUUUAUCUAUCUCAAAAAAAUGGUUAGCUUGAUAAAAAUUGCUAACAAAAUUAAAUUUAGCAAAAUAAUCUAACUAAAACUGCUCCAUAAUUAAGUAAUUGUAAUACUAAUUUUGUUCAAUCUAAUUAGCAUUAGCAAGCUAACUAAAUUCAAAAUUCUUUUGUAAAUUAAUAAAACUAACAUAAGAACAUCUUAAUCAAUAAAUCUAUUAAUAAUUAGAACCAACGAUACAAUGAAAUAACUGAUUUUACUCAAAAUACAAUCAAUAAUUAAAAUGAAAUUAGUGCACAAAAGUAAAAUUAAUAAGAAAUUUUUAUUCAAAAUGAAUUUGACACACAAAUAGAUAACCAAAACAAUUUUUAUGAAAUUUAAAUUCAAAGAAAAAACCAAAAUCAAAAUGAAGAUAAUUAAAACAAAAAUUCUUUUUAUAAUAGAAAAGAAGAUUCAAUGACUGAAUUCAUUAAAAACGAAAAUAUUGUGAACAGCUAAGAUAAUAAUGAGAAUAUAGCAAAUUAAAAAAUAAAUCAAAAUAAUUAACCUACUGCUGCUACAUAAUAAAAGUAAGAAAAUCAGAUAAUAAAUUAAAUAAAAUAAGACAGUUAAAAUCUACACAAAGGAUUAUUUUAUCAUAGCUAUACAAAUCAUGGACUAAUUUCCACAAGAACUAUAAAUGAAGAGUAAGAUGAUGAGGAGGAACAAAGUACAUAAAACAUUAAUAAUCGUAUUAACACAGAGCAAGUUUAAUAAACUAAAUAUGUAAAUAAAAUGAAUUUAACUUAAUAAUUAAGCAAUAAAGAAAGAAACAAUUUAGGUAGUUUAAUUCAAGAAGCAAAUCAAUAAUAAAACAAUAACAAACAGAUUAACUAAAACAAUAACAAUAGCUAAAGUAUUUCUAUCAAUAAUAAUUUUCAGAAAGAUUUACAGGCCAAUUAAAAUAAUUCUUUGCAAAAAUGCACAAUUUCUCAGUAAAACAUUUUAUUUUAAGGAAAAAAUGAUCAAAAUUAAUUUUUGGAUUAACAAACAAUCUAAAAUUAAGUUUUUAGUUGCCAUUAACUAGAAAAUGCAAACUCAGCAUAAUGCUCAAAAACAAAUUUACUGUCAUAAAGAGAUAAUAAAGAAAGUGUUACUGUUCAAGCAUCCAAUAAAUUUUAAUCGAAGAAUAUUAACCCAUUACCUCCUACAGCAAACUCUAAAGUAUAAGCAAACAAUAGCAAAUAAAAUAAAAUUGAGAACAUAAAUUAAAAUUAAUUUGAGAACUAAAAAUAAAGCUAAACAGAACAUUUAAGGUAGGAUUCAUAAAAAAACCCAAUAGGAUAAAAUAAAAAUAAUGAAAAUAUGUGUGAUUAAGACUAUUCAUAUGCAUAAUCUAACAAUAAAAAAGAUAUAAAUGAAUAUCUACAAUCAUAAGAUUCAGUAAGAUAGAAAUCAAAUUAAUUUGCCCAGGCUCCUUCAUCACGUGCACGUUCAUUUUCAGAAUGUUCAGAGCGUAUUGAUUACAAACUUAACUAUUAACCUGCUUACCAAAACGAUUCCUAGACUAAACUUUCCCUUUCUAGAUCAAAUUCAAACUAUUAGAUUUGUACAUUUGAAAGAAAAAUAGACAAACCGUUAUCAUCUAGAUAGAGUUCAUAAACUGGGGAAUAUAAUCAUAAUAAUUGCCAAUAGUAUUUCUAAGGAAUCGAAGAUAGUGGGAGCUCUUGUUCUAACAACUAUAGUGCUAAUUUUGGGAUAAUUAACUUUAGAGAAUUGGUAGAGUAGAGAAUUAAAAAUAAAGAUGCCUAAAAUAGCUUUAAAAUAAAAGUAAAAUCUUCUCAAUACUCAAAUGUUAAUAACUUAAAUUAACUCAAAGCUGUAGAAUCAUCAUGCUCGAAUGUCAUCAUAUAACAAAACAAUAUAUUUAAUUAGGAAGUGACAGAUUAAUCAGAAAUGUAGUAAAAGAAUAUUUCAAAUUAUUAAAAAGUAUCAUCUUAAAUUCAAAUUAUCUGCACUGAUAACUCAUAACACACUACACCUUAAUAAUCAAUUAUAAAUCAAGUACAGGAUUCAGUGUAAAAAUAACAAUAAAAACUAAUAGAGAAAAACUAACCAGUGCCAACUCAUAAAUAUCUAUUAGCAAACUAUAAAAAAAAUGAUAUGGGAACAACAAAUUAGUUAUCUUAAGCACUUUAAUAAUAAACAUCUAUUUAAUAAUUUUAAGGAGAAUAAGUUAGGCAUAAAGUAAACUCAUUGAAUGUAAAAAACACUCUGAAUUCACCAUCUCCCACAUUGAAUCCAUAACCUACCUAAUUAAGAGUUAAUAGUAUAUAAAAUUUAAUGCCAUAACCAUAACAAAAUCUUUAAUGUUAAAAUAACAUGUCAUAUAAACAAGAAAAUAAGGCAGUAUGUUGCCUAAAUUACAAUAUGGUUUAAUUAGGAGGGAAUGAUUGCGAUUCAUUAGGAGAGAUAAUCAGCAACUAAGGAGAAAUUAUUAAAAAGAUAAAUUAUAAUUUACCUAGAAAUUUGCUAGAUUUUAAAGACCCUGGUUACUAUGGAUUUAGCUGUGUAAUGCUACCUCAAAGUAAUUGUAUUUUAUUCAUAGGAGGGUAUUUUGCUGAAAGGAAUGAUGAAAAAUAAUAUAAUAAGAAACAAUUAUUUUCAUAUGAGUAAAAACAAUAAUCUUCUUCCGAAUACAAAAGAAUAUUUACAAAAGAUAUAAUCAAGUAUAAUAUCAAUGAAGAUUCUUUUUCAAGCUUUACUUUUAAAUUAAGUAACUUCAGUUAUGACCUUACAGCAAUUUAUAUAGAAAAAUCUAAUGAAAUCUUUUUGAUAGGAGGUAGAGAUGAAAAUGACUAAAUCCUUUAGGAUUGUAUGAUUAUAAAUAUUAAAGAAAACAGAAUAAUCCAAAAAUAACCCUUACCCUAUUCGUUAACAGGAUUUUGUUGUACUUAUGAAACCAGCAAAGAAAACGUUUAUGUACUAGGAGGAAUCAUCUCAAACAAGAUUACUAAUUCUGCCUAUAAAUUAUCACUUUCAUAUACUGAUUCAGAAUAGCAUUCUCACUUGAAUGAAUGGAGCCAAAUGCACAACAUGAUUAAUUGUAGGGUAGGAGCUUAGUGUAAAAUUAUCAAAAAAAAUUUAUAUGUUUUUGGAGGCUACGAUGGAAGACUAUAUUUGAACUCAGUUGAGAUGUAUAAUUUCGAUUUAAAUAAAUGGUUUAUUAUUACAUUCAUGAAAAUUCCAAGAGCUUUCUAUAGUUUAGUAAGUGAUUAGGAUAAAAUAUUAAUUAUCGGAGGAAAAGCUAGUACCUAAAUUACAGCAAAUAAUAUUGAUAUUUUUGAUGUUUCAAAAGAUGAAUGGCAGUCUAUUAAUUGUUAUAAUAUAAAUAGGAACAAUCAUUAUACAUUCUUACUCAAACAAAUACCUAAUUAAGGUAAUUAAACUGCUCAUAAUUAAAAUCAUAGUUGA